AGACAUCCAUCUCGAUAUCCAACUUAACAACGCACUCGCUAUGUCCCCCCGUCUGUCAAGGAAGCUCACCCAGCUUCCUCUCUUUUUCGGCGUUGGGUCUCCCCAAUUGAUCACCCCUAGCAAUGUCCCCAUCCGCACAUUCGGUAUCCGCUCUCUAAACCCGCCCAAAGCCUCCCGGUUCAAUGUCGCUCCUGAUCUCCCCGUGCUGAAGUCGACUCCCACCGCGGCUCUCGAACGUAAAGCAAACACCCUUCCCCUCCGGACAGGCGCUAUUGCCAUCAAGAAGGGCAUGACUGCCAUAUAUGACGCCGAGUCGGGGAAACGCAUCCCCUGUACCGUGCUCCAGCUCGACCGCGUCCAGGUCGUCUCGCAGAAGACGAGGGAGAAGCAUGGCUAUUUUGCCGUGCAGCUGGGUUCGGGCUGGAAGCACGCGAGCAACAUGACCAAGUCGCUGCUGGGUCAUUUCUCGAGUAAUGGAGUUUCGCCGAAACGAUAUGUCUAUGAGUUCCGUGUGAAGGACGAGACCGGUCUCUUGCCUGUUGGACAGUUAGUGAAUGCGGAUUGGUUCCAGGUGGGACAGUAUGUCGAUACCCGGUCCAAUUCCAAGGGUAAGGGCUUCGCUGGUGUGAUGAAGAGACACGGCUUCGGUGGUCAGGACCGCAGUCACGGUGUUAGUUUGACACAUCGUUCACUUGGUUCUGCUGGUCCGAGUCAGGGUGGUGGUUCUAGGGUCUAUCCCGGAAAGAAGAUGGCUGGAAAUAUGGGUAAUGAGCAGAAUACAGUGCAGAACCUGAAGGUUCUCAAGGUGGAUGUGGAGAAUGGUCUUGUUGUUGUUAAUGGUGCUGUGAGCGGCCCCAAAGGUUGUGUUGUGAGGAUACAGGAUGCUAUCAAGAAGCCAUGGCCUGAAACCGCACCUGCGGCUGAAGCUUCUGCAUAAAUCCUAUUGGAUCCGGUUUCUUUUCUGAAAAU